AUGCCAGCACCCUCUGCCCUGCACUUAGUGCUAAGGAAGCGAGUAGAAGGAAUAUCCCCUGGGUGCCUACACUCUCAUGGCCUAGUCAGAGCCCCAUGCAGGAGUCACGGUUGGCUCUCCGCUGCUUUUAAUCUUCUCAUUACCUUACCCACCGUGCUGGGGCAUCCUAUUCUAGACCCCCUGGGAAACUGUUCCCUUUCGCUUAUACAUGAGGGCUCCAAUCAUUCCCACAGCGCUUCCGGUCCUCAUUUCAUAUCCAGGACUUGCAGUAAUCCUGUUCCCAACAAUCUUCAAUUAAUCGAAAGCAUUUACAGCACAAUAAAUACUCACGUCCCCGCCUACCCUUGUGUGCAUUUCCAUAUUAUAACUAAUGUGAAACCAAAACAGGUACCUAGAGGAGACUCGGCCACAAUCUGCAUCAUUCCGGGAGUAUCCCUGCUGUCUCUCUCACAGGUGCUGCCCUCUCAGUGGGGCACUUGCCAACCUAAGUGCCAAACUGCUGGAAGCCUCGGGAUUACUUUAUGGCACGGUAGAUUGCUCACCACACGUUAUCUAUGCCUAACUCCCCAGCACUCGUUAGACUUGAAGCUGCAAUGUAAUCCUUGUGCAAGUCUGUUCAGUGAGGAAUUUGUAGUUUACUGGACAGUACAAUUGCCUCCUUGGGAUGCACACAAUGUAUAUACCCUAGGGUUGUCCAGGGGGAAAAGAAACGUUAACAAUAGCCCUCAAUUCCAAACACACACUUAUCAAAUAUCUGUGCCUGAGAACAAACCCACUGGGACUUUUGUUGUGCAAUUAAGGGCCAGUGACCCAGAUGAAGGGGACUUUGGACGGUUAGAGUACUCCAUGGAUGCCCUAUUUGAUAGCCGCUCAAACGGUCUCUUCUCACUAAAUCCCACAACCGGAGAAGUAACCACAAAAGGGGAGCUAGACCGAGAGACCAAGAGCACCCAUGUUUUCCGAGUUACGGUUAGUGAUGCAGGUGUCCCUAGACGCACUGCAAUGGCCACUCUGACUGUGACCAUCAGUGACACUAAUGAUCAUGAUCCUAUUUUUGAACAACGAGAAUACAGGGAGAGUGUAAGAGAGAAUAUGGAGGUUGGUUAUGAGGUGAUGACUGUGCGCGCCACAGAUGGCGAUUCACUAAGCAAUGCGAACAUUGUCUACCGCAUAUUAUCAGGAGCAGGUGAUGCCUUUGAAAUUGAUCCAAGGUCAGGGGUUAUAAGGACAAGAGGUCAUGUGGACCGUGAAAAGUUAGAGUUCUAUCAGCUUCUGGUUGAGGCAAAUGACCAAGGACGUGACCCCGGGCCACGCAAUACCACAGCCACUGUGUACAUCUCUGUUGAAGAUGAAAAUGAUAAUUCCCCACAGUUUAGUGAAAAACGCUACAUAGCACGUGUAGCUGAAGAUAGUGCUAUUAACAUGCAGCUGCUACUAGUGACUGCUACAGACCGUGAUCAAGGAACCAAUGCUGCAGUGCAUUAUAGCAUCUUAAGUGGUAAUGCUCGUGGGCUGUUUUCCAUUGACCCACAGACAGGUGCUAUCUUCCUGGCUGGAGCCCUUGAUUUUGAGACUGACAAAGAACACACACUGAGGCUUAGAGCUCAAGAUGGUGGGAGGCCCCCACUGUCCAAUGUUACAGGACUUGUCACCAUACAAGUACUAGAUGUAAAUGAUAAUGCCCCAACUUUUAUGAGUGGUUCUUUCCAGGCAGCAGUACUAGAAAAUGUACCUCAUGGUUACUCUGUACUUCAAGCUCAGGCCCUAGAUGCAGAUACUGGUGAGAACUGUAGGCUGCACUAUCGAUUAACUGGUGAUACUGGACCAUUUUCUAUAAAUAAUAGCACUGGGUGGAUAAUAGUACAAACCGAACUAGACAGAGAGGAAGUUGAGUUUUACAGUUUUGGAGUGGAGGCAAGAGACCAUGGCCAACCAUCUUUAUCAUCCUCGGCUGCAGUAAGUGUGCAGGUACUGGAUGUCAAUGAUAAUGACCCAAAGUUCACACAGGAUGAAUAUCAAGCACGGCUUAAUGAAGAUGCCGCAGUGGGCACCAGCGUUUUAUCAGUACAGGCAGUUGACAGAGAUGCUCAUGCCACUAUUACAUAUCAAAUAACUGGGGGUAAUGCUCGCCAUCGAUUUUCUAUAUCAAGCCAAACAGGUGGUUUGGGGUUACUGACACUAGCAUUGCCACUGGAUUACAAAUUAGAGAGGCAGUUUGUAUUGAUUGUCACUGCAUCUGAUGGGACCCGAACAGAUACUGCAAGAGCAAUUGUGAAUGUUACUGAUGCCAACACACAUCGACCAGUUUUUCAGAGCUCUCACUACACAGUCAGUGUAAGGGAAGAUCAACCAGUAGGCACAACUGUGGUGAUCAUCAGUGCCACAGACGAAGACAGUGGAGAAAAUGCCCGAAUCACCUACCUGGCAGAAGAAGGCAUGCCUCAAUUUACCAUAGACGCUGACACUGGAGCUGUAACAACCACAAUGCAGCUGGACUAUGAAGAUCAAGUCUCUUACACACUGGCUGUAACAGCACAAGACAAUGGUAUUCCUCAAAAGUCAGACACAACUUACUUAGAAAUUUUAGUGAUCGAUGUCAAUGAUAAUCCUCCCAUUUUCCAGCGUUCUUCUUAUAGCGGGUCUGUGCCUGAAGAUGCACCUCCAUAUACAAGUGUCCUACAGAUAGCUGCCACUGAUCGUGACUCAGGUCUCAAUGGAAGGGUCUUUUACACGUUUUCUGGUGGAAAUGAUGGAGAUGGAGACUUCACGGUGGAGUCCACUUCUGGCAUUGUACGGACGCUAAGGCGCCUUGACCGAGAGAAUGUGGCACAGUACAAGCUCAUUGCCUAUGCUGUAGACAAGGGACAGUCAUCUCUUCAUCGUACUCCUGCUGAAAUUGUAGUUACUGUCCUGGAUGUGAAUGACAAUCCACCUGUGUUUUCUCAGGACGAGCUAGAGGUAAUGGUGCUUGAGAACAGUCCAUUAGGGCCACCACUGGCUAAAAUAACUGCAACUGAUCCUGAUGAAGGACCUAAUGCCCAGAUCAUGUACCAAAUUGUUGAGGGGAAUAUCCCAGAAGUAUUCCAGCUUGAUAUCUUCUCAGGGGAACUUACUGCAUUAGUUGAUUUAGACUAUGAAAUAAAACCUGAGUAUGUCAUUGUGGUGCAAGCUACAUCAGCGCCACUGGUUAGUAGAGCCACUGUAAGAGUGCGUCUGAUUGAUGUAAAUGACAAUGCCCCAACUCUGAGUGAUUUCACGAUUCUCUUUAACCAUUACGUGGGUGGCAGUAAGGGCAGUUUCCCAAUGGGAGUAAUUGGGAGAGUUCCAGCGCAUGACCCGGAUGUUAGUGAUUCACUGAAUUUCACAUUCCUACACGGAAAUGAACUGGAGCUCCUGGUUCUUAAUACCAGCACUGGAGAGCUGAGUCUAAGCCGUGACUUGGAUUGUAAUCGUCCACUGGAAGCGAAUAUGGAGGUGUCAGUAACAGAUGGCAUACAUAGUGUCACUGCACGGUGUACCCUUCAGGUGGUUAUCAUUACAGAUGAAAUGCUUUCUCACAGCAUCACAUUGCGUCUAGAAGGGGUUUCUCAGCAACGCUUCCUCUCCCCUCUUCUGUCACUCUUCAUUCGAGCAGUGGCUCAGGUGAUCUCUAUACCAUCUCCUGGUGUGGUUGUUUUCAGCAUACGGGAGGACUCAGAGGAACUUGCGACAAAAAUUGGGACUCCCUUAGAUGGACAGAUACUGAAUGUCAGCCUUUCGGAACUUCCUCCAAGGGGAAGGGGGGCUGGCCUUGAUGGUGAAUUUUUGCCCUCAGAAACCCUGCGUGAGUUGCUAUAUUUAAACCGUUCACUGUUGGCUGCCUUGGCACAACAAAGGGUACUACCAUUUGAUGACAAUGUGUGCCUUAGAGAGCCCUGCCCCAACUACAUGCUGUGUGUGUCUGCUCUCCGUUUUGAUAGCUCUGCCCCAUUCCUGGCUUCAGACACCUUGCUCUUUCGUCCAAUCCUUCCUGUAGGAGGAUUGCGUUGCCGCUGUCCAAGAGGCUUUGCUGGGGAGUACUGCGAGACAGAGGUGGACCUGUGCUACACAAGACCCUGUGGAGAACAUGGUAUAUGCUGGAGCCAUGAGGGUGGUUACAUUUGCCAGUGCCAAGAUGACUAUACCGGACCACAUUGCGAGGUAUCUCUCCACUCUGCACGCUGUGCUGCAGGCCUCUGCAGGAAUGGGGGGACAUGUGUGAAUCUGCUAAUGGGAGGCUUCCGCUGUGACUGCCCCCCAGGAGGGUAUGAGGCUCCAUAUUGUGCUGUCACCACCCGAGCUUUCCAUGGUGAAUCCUUCCUCACAUUUCAGGGCCUGAGGCAGAGGUUCCAUUUCUCACUAUCUCUAAGCUUUGCCACACAGAAACGCAAUGGCCUUCUCCUCUAUAAUGGGAGAUUUAAUGGGAAACAUGACUUUGUUGUUCUAGAGGUUACAGAGGAACAGGUGCAACUGACGUUCUCUGCAGGUGAAUUUACAACAACUGUAUCUCCCUUUGUGCCCGGAGGAGUUAGUGACGGGCAGUGGCACACUGUGCAUCUUCUUUAUUAUAACAAGCCCAUCAUUGGUAAGUCUGGAGAUCUUCAGGGACCUUCAGACCAGAAGGUGGCUGUGGUGACUGUGGAUGACUGCGACACUUCUGUAUCCCUACGUUUUGGGUCUGUCUUGGGGAACUACUCAUGUGCUGCACAGGGAACACAAUCUGGUACCAAAAAAUCCCUGGAUUUAACUGGACCUCUUUUGUUGGGAGGUAUCCCUGCUCUGCCUGAGGGGUUCCCGGUGACACAUCAACACUUUGUGGGCUGCAUGAGAGACUUGAUAAUAGAUAACAAGAUCAUGGAUCUGGAAGAAUAUAUAGCAAACAAAGGCACUACAGCAGGAUGUUCAGCCAAGAGAAACCAGUGUGAGGGAGAGCGAUGCCAGCACGGAGGGACAUGUGUCAACCACUGGGACAGUUAUUCGUGCGAGUGUGCUUUGGGAUAUGGAGGCAAGGACUGUGAACAAGAAAUGCCGUAUCCUCUCCGUUUCCUGGGUGAUGGUAUAGUAUGGUGGAGAAACCUGGCACUGCCUCUGACUGUGCCCUGGUAUCUUAGCCUUAUGUUUCGUACACGUCAAUCCGAUUCUAUUUUACUGCAAGCAGAGGGUGAGCAGAAUUGCAGGAUCACCUUGCAGAUGGUCGAAGGGACUCCUUUGGUAUCACUGCAUGGCUCUGGCAAACUUCUUUCCUCCCUGCAUCUCUCACGUAUAACAUUGAAUGAUGGAGUUUGGCAUCACAUAGCCCUAGAGAUUCAGAAGAACUCUUCAAUGCAGGGGACUCAACACAUUUUACUUACUGCUGACUAUGGACAAGAACAGGUUAAAGGUGACUUUCCCAGUGACCUGCUAGGAGCCAUGAUUAGCAAGAUGAGCAUUGGAGGUUUGGCCUCUGAAGGGAAUGUGGUUUUACAAGGAUUCCGUGGAUGUAUACAGGGUGUGCAUGUUGGAGCUUCGCCUGGCUCAGUGCUCUCUCAGGCACAUGCAGAGCAUUUCAAGGUUGAUCCUGGCUGUAGUUUUCCAGACCCCUGUGACUCCAAUCCAUGUCCUGCGCACAGCUACUGUAGAGAUGACUGGGACAGCUACUCCUGUGCUUGUCACCAGGGGUACUUCGGUGACAGCUGCAUUGAUGCGUGUGACCUAAACCCAUGUCAAUACCAGUCUGCAUGUGUUAGACGUGCCAGUUCCUCAAAUGGGUACAUCUGUGACUGCACUACAGGUUAUUAUGGAUCCUAUUGUGAAAACAGGCUGGAUCAACCUUGUGCCAGAGGUUGGUGGGGUCAUCCAGUAUGUGGUCCGUGUAACUGUGAUGUGACAAGUGGCUUUGAUGCAGAUUGUGACAAGAUAACUGGGGAGUGUCAUUGCAAGGAUAAUCAUUAUCGCCUCCCUGGUACAGCACCGUGCUUGCAGUGUGAUUGCUAUCCUAUGGGAUCACUAAGUCGAACAUGUGACCCAUUCACUGGACAGUGUCUCUGUAAACCGGGAGUAAUUGGACAGUGGUGUGACCGUUGUGAUAACCCUUUUGCUGAGGUUACAGCCAGUGGAUGUGAAGUAAACUAUGAUAGCUGUCCUCGCACGGUUGAAGCUGAGAUCUGGUGGCCAAGGACACGCUUUGGACUUCCAGCUGCGGUGUCGUGUCCUAGGGGAUCUAUAGGUACUGCUAUUCGCCACUGUGAUGAGCACAAAGGAUGGCUACCUCCAAACCUAUCUAACUGUACGUCAUAUCCUUUUGUGCCACUCAAAAGUCUGUUAGAAACUGUAAAUCGGAACAUCUCAUUGCUAAGCCCAGCUCUUGCACAGCAAGGAGCCCGGGAUCUGUUGGAAGCUACAGAGGGAGCAGGCACCUUCAUUGGCAGUGAUGUGCGUGUGUCUUACCAGCUGCUGAGUACUAUCUUGCAUAAACAAAGCCUGGAAAGUGGCUUCAGCCUGGCAGCAACACAAGACGUCCACUUCACAGAGAAUGUUGUACAAGCUGGAAGUUAUCUUUUUGAUUUGGCCACUAAACAACAGUGGGAUUCCAUCCAGGUAUCCGAAGGUGGUACUGCUCUCUUACUCAGACAUUAUGAAAACUAUGCAAUUGCCCUAGCACGAAAUAUGAAAAAAACCUACCUCACCCCUUUCACCAUCAUUGCACCCAACAUGGUUGUCUCUGUGGCGUGCUUGGACAAGGCAAACCUUGCAGGUGCUGUCUUGCCUCGAUAUGAGACACUACAUGGACUAAAGCCAACAGACCAGGACACUUCAGUGAUCUUACCUCAUAAUCCACAGGCAAGACCUACUGAGGAGCCAUUAAACCGAAGCAGAGUGAAGCGAGAGGAAUUAAGAAAGGAUGGGUCACCAAAAGAUUUCCAGGUCAUAGUAACAAUCAUUAUAUACAAUACUCUGGGGAUACUGUUGCCUGAGAGGUGGGACCCUGACAAAAGGAGCCUCAGGGUUCCUAAACGACCUGUGAUAAAUUCCCCCGUUGUGAGUAUUAACAUUCAAAAGGCUAAUGGUGAGGCUGUGGACCAGCCAAUAACAGUGCAGUUUCGCUUGCUUGAAACCCAGGAUCGUUCUAAACCUAUUUGUGUGCACUGGAACCAUUCCCUCCCACUUACAACUCCUGGCGGCGGUUGGUCAGCUCGUGGCUGUGAGCUGGUUUUUAGAAAUGAGACCCACAUCAGCUGUCAGUGUCAACACAUGACCAGUUGUGCAGUCUUAAUGGACAUGUCCCAUAGAGAGAAUGGAGAGGUGCUCCCUCUGCGCAUUAUAACCUAUGCCUGUGUUGGGGUUACUCUGGGAUUCCUGAUGCUUUCCUUGCUCGUCCUAUGUUUCCUGCGCUCUCUGUACAGCAACCAGCACAGCAUUCAUCGCAACCUACUGCUUUCCUUGCUUUUGUCACAGCUCUGCUUUCUGCUGGGAAUCAACCAGGCUGACCUGCAGUUUGCUUGCACCAUCAUUGCUAUCAUCCUGCACUUCCUGUCUCUCUGUUGCUUUUCGUGGGUUUUUCUUGAAGUUCUACACAUUUACCGGAGAUUAAGUGAAGUUCGGGAUAUCAACUCCAGUCCGAUGAGGUUUUACUAUGCGCUAGGCUGGGGAGUCCCAGCAUUUAUCACAGGUUUGGCAGUUGGAUUGGACCCUGAAGGCUACGGUAACCCUGAUUUCUGCUGGCUUUCAAUUUCAGACACCAUGAUCUGGAGCUUUGCAGGACCUGCAGCUUUUGUAACCUCUAGUGGCCUAUUCAUUUGUAUCCUGGCCGGCCGAGCUUCCUGUGCUGCACGGAGAGAUGGAUUUCAGAAAAAAGGCGCACCUUCUGCUCUCCAUCGAUCUGGUUUCCUUCUUUUCAUUGUCAGUUUCAGCUGGCUUCUCGCCCUCCUGUCUGUUAACAGUGACCUGCUACUUCUCCACUACUUGUAUGCAGGAUGCGUCUGUGCACAGGGGCCACUUAUCUUCUUCAUCAGCAUUAUACUCAGUAAAGAUGUGCAUAAAGCUCUGAAGAAAAGCAUCAGCAAGGAAUAUGAGUCCAGGGUCACCACAAAGUCCACUUUGACCUCGUCAAAUCCCAAUAACACAUAUGUAAAUGGACGACUUCACCUUCUGCCUUUUAGCUCCUCAAUGCAAUCCCUACACAGUUCCCUGUCAUCUGAAAGGAAUCACAGUUACCUGCCAUUCCAAACCAGAGAUGAAAAUGGAAUCAACAACAGUCAUGCCUUUGAUGAAGUUAAGGAACAGCAAGAAGAUUCAGACACAGACAGUGAUAUGUCUAUGGACGACAACAGUUCGUCUGCUUCUUCUCACUCCUCAGACAGUGAAUAUGAAGGUGUUGGCCCUGGGGACAUUUGCUGGAAAACCCUCAUCAGUCCAAAUAAUGAGAACGCUCUAAAAAUCGUUCCAAAAGUGGAUAAAAUUGCUUCUCAGGAUACGUCAACCAGUGGAGAAGAGUGUAUUGUAGAAUCCUCCUCUUCAAAGAGGUCUGAUCCACCUCAAAAAGGCAUCUUAAACAGGAAGCAACAUACCACCCUAGACAAUGUAAUUACAGCACAAGGACCACUUCCUGUAUCACUUGGCUCUUCCCUACAUACUAAACUCUCCCUUCAAGAGCAGCUCAAUGGAGUCACUCCGAUCCCGAUGUACAGCAGGAGGGGCACCACAGGCAAUGAGUCUUCUGGGUCUGAGAGUAACGAAACUUCCAUCUGAGUGUGAAAUGAAGCAACACACAGACCUCCUCUUGAACAGAAUGGACAGAAACACACAAGCCAUCGUUAUUUCCAUCCCUUAUCUCCUGGAAAAGGAGUGAAAAUAUGUUUUUCAGUUCCAAACCACUAUGUACA